UGAACGUGCAAGGAAAUGGCUAGAAAACAUGAACAUUUUGGACUGAGCUAUUUGGAAGAACUGACUAUACUUAAGGAACGUGAUCAUAUAUGCAAAGAAUCUCGGCAGGAAUUUCUGAAGUUUAAACAAAAAGCAGAUAAUGUUCAAAGAGAUCUGAACAAACCGACAUUUGAAGUUACAUCAUCAGAUCUAUCACAUCAGCUAGAACCUAAUUCUUGCCGGAGUCUACAGAGUCCCUUGUUUCGUGAAAACAGAAGUCUUCCUGUUGAGUGGAAUACUUCUAAAACUUUGAAAACAUCAAAUAUCUCUCCUCGUGUUUCAGUCAUGGAACAUCAAAGACAAUAUUUUGAAACUCAACAAAAGAAAUAUCUUAAAAAAGAAGAUAAUCGCCUACCAGUAGCAAUAGCCUCUUUAGUAGGUACUGCUAAACAAGUCAGUAUGUUAAAGAAACCAGAGCCCCCACCAAAGUCCAAAUCCAAAAAGUUUGUUCGCAUAAAGUUGGUGUCUGAGAGGCCUUUCAUCCCUCAACAAGAAGCCCAUGGUACUGAACAACCAGAGCAAAAAAUACAUUCUAAGACUAUAGGAAAUGUAGGAACCAGCUCUGUCACAACAGAAAUAGACUGCUCAGAUAUUACGGAUUCCAGUUCAGGUGAAAAGCCACUUAAAAUGGCAAAAGAAAUUUCAAAGCCAAGUAUACUAAAUUCAAUUCUUGAAUUAGACGGGUCAUGUAGCAGAAAAAACAGUGAGGCAUCUAAUGUAAAGUUUAUGUUGGGAUCUUCGCAAGAAACUAGAGGCACGAAAAGAUCAAAAAUAUAUGAAAAAUCUUUUCCAUGGAAUAAGGCACAAAUACAGGAUUCUGCUCAAAAAUUUCCUGCUGGAAUAGUUCCACGGUCUAUUGAUGAAAUAAUUGCCUCUCUGCAGUCUACGGUUCCUACACCUUCAGAUCUGAAAAUCAAAGAACUUCUAGAGAGUAUUCUUGGCCAUGAUUACAACAUACAAAUAGAAUCACCAGUUAAAGUUCCAGUGAAGGCUGAGGCAAAAGAAGAAACUUCUGUCUGCUCUCCACAGGAAUCUUGGAUUGAAGAACGUCAAUCUCCAGCUGAACAAGCAACACCAGCAGAUAGUGAACAAACACAACUGGAUACAUCUCAAAGCUCACGACUGGGGAGUAUCUCCCCCCUAAUAGAGGAAGAGUCUGUAAAAGUGGAAGAAGAUACUCCCAAAGCUAGGGUGCAAGAAGUAUUGACUGAAGUGCCUGCAGAGAAACCAGUAGUAGAACUUCCACCAAAGGCACCAAGCUUGCAAGAAAGCGAAGAAGAGGUUUCAUCACAGUUAUAUGAAUCAGAAGGUUUGGAGGAGACAUCUGCAGAACUGGAAGAGUUUUCCUCUGAUUCUGCAAGCAGUCUAAAAAUAAGAGGAAAAGCAUUUCCAAAGGCUGAGCCAGUUAAAAUGCAGAGAAGCUUAGAAGAUCUUGAUCAACAACAACCACUCUCUCUUCUUUCCACAUGGAGUAUGAAGAUCAAAGAUGUGGACUAUCCAUUUAUUCACCAUCUAUGUACAGCUUCUCCUGGAUGUGUAUUGCCUGUCAAUAUGCAGCUUAUUUCUAGAGUGAGCCAUACUUCAGACAAAAUGGGCCAUAAUGUUGCAUUACCAGAAAUUAAUUCUUGCUAUGAUGAGUCAGAAGACCUAUUUCCUGCAAUUAAUCUUCUUGAGAAACAGAGAGAAACUAAAAGAAUUUUUAAUGAAGGAGUUCCUGUAUCAGAGGCAUACCAAUGCAGUCAGAAAGAAAAAAAUACAGUUUUACCAUUGCAAUCACCGGAGAGUAUGACUGAAUGGCAAAGAAAAGCUGAAUAUUAUAUUGAAAAACCACAAUUAGAAUUGUUGGGGGAGAAAGUUAAACUUCACCCAGGGACGCUAAAAAUGUUUUGGACACCAGCGCCACUAAAAUUCUCUGCUCCUGUCUCUGUUAUGAAGCAAACCUUAUUUUCAAAGUAUGAGAGCAAUUUGAUUAAUGGGGUUAUUUAUGAAGACUUUUCCUGUGAUCUCCGUGAGGAAGAAGAAACAGAGUCAGAGGAUGAGUUUGACUACUUGCUUUCUAAUAUUACAAGGGAGCGAAGAUGUUACUCUUGCCCAGCGUUUACGGCAAGCACAACAUUGGAGUUAGGUUUGAGUAGAAGAUCUGCUAGUGAACCAGAAUUAUUGUUGCACAGAGACAAAUCAGCUUUCAAGAUUUCUGCAAAUUUCAAAGCCACAAUGGAAGAGUUGAAGGUUAUGAAGAAACAGAUGUCUUUAACAGAAGUUAAGGUUACAUUGCCAGAAGCCAAUGUUUCUGCAACCAAGGAUGAGAAAAACAUACAGACAGAAAAAGAUAUUUCAGAUCUUAAUUCAGUAACGGGACCAAGAAGCAUUUCAGCCAAAGAGGAAAAAAAAGAUUACACUUGGCUUGCUGAAGAAUCACGAAAAGCUGGGAUGAAGUUCAUUGUUUUCCCAAAGGGACAUCACAGAAGGAAGUCAGGAAAAUAUCUUUCCCCUGAACUACUACAAAACAUAUUUGUCAAACUGCAGGACUCUCCAAGGAUUCUUGAAAGGUCUACAUCUCUUGGAAAACUUUAUUCACAGAAUAAAUAUUCAAUCCAGGUACCUCGAUUGGUUAAAUAUUAUCGGAGUCCUAGUCUUCCUCGUUUGUUAGAUUUUGAAACAUUUGCAGAAAACAAAGGUGGAAUUCCAGAGCACCUUAGUGAUUAUGCGUGGGUCAAAGAAAUCUGGAAUAAAUGGUUUGAUUAUGUGUACCCUCGCACUAGUGAAUCUGCAGAAAAUAGAGCAGCGUCUGUCAAAAAGGCUGCUGAAGAAAAACAUAAAGCAGAAAAAGAAUUAACUGAUUCAGCCCUUAUUGUGGAAGAUGAAGCAAGCCAAUUUGAUGAGUUUCAGUCUGAAAUUGAUAGAUUGACUGAACAGAUUAAAGAAGGAUGUGCUCCUGCAUUUAACUAUUGUAGACGUGGAGCACUAUACAGGAAAAUGGGCAAACUGAAGACAGCCAUGGAUGACGUGGAAAAGGCAAUAAGUUUAGAACCAAUGUUGGUUAAUGCUUAUUGGCACAGGCAUUUGCUUUUCCUUUACCAAAACAAAACUCGCCAAGCAUUAGAAGAUCUGAAUUUUAUCAUUAAAUGCAACAAAAAUCAUGCAGAUGCAUAUCUGUCAAGAGCUGAAAUUUACAAAAAACAGGGAGAUAAUUCAUUAGCAGUUAUAAAUUAUACUCUUGCAAUGAAAUGCAGGCCUACAGAUGAUGAAAUAUAUUUCAAGAGAGCUGAGAUGUAUGAAGAAGAAGGUGAUUCAGCAAGGGCUAUAGAUGAUUAUUCCAAAAGCAUUUACUAUAAUCCUCGAAGAACAGAUGCACUUUUGAAGCAUGGACUAUAUUACUUUAAUAAAUCAAAUUGGUCAGUUGCUAUUAAUGAUUUUACAGAUGUGAUUAAAAUAGAUCCAAACAAUGCGGAGGCAAGAACUUUUCGAGGAAGAGCAUAUUUAAAACAGGAGGAGUUCAAAAAGGCAGCUGCUGAUUUCUCUGCUGCAAUUCACUUGGACCCUUGCAAUUGGCUGGCAUUUUACUACAGAGGUUGUAUUUUAAGAAAGAUUGAUUCAAAGCAAGCUCUUCAGGACUUCAGUAUUUCUGUUCUUCUCAAUGAUGAUUUUGAGAAUCUUAAUUGUUUCAUUCAUCGUGGCAUUUUGUAUACAGAAAUGAAACAGUGGAUACUGGCAAUCUGUGAUUUCGAAAGUGUGCUGGCUUUGGACAGGUAUCUUACUUUGCCUUAUGUAAACAUUGGACUGAUCAUGCUGUUACAUUUAGAUCGUUAUUUUGAAGCUAUUGGACAGUUCACUAAUGCCAUUCAGGUUGAUCCUUUAGAUAUUAGACCAUAUUUGUGCAGAGCUCAAGCAUAUCAUAAGAUUCACAAGUUAAAGGAUUCCUUGAAAGAUGUAACUAGAGCUAUUCAUCUCCAGCCGAAUUCACCCCAUUUAUGCUUAAUAAGGGGACAAUAUCUGCUAGACAUGAAGAAUUAUGAACUGGCAAGUUUCUGCAUACGGCAAGUAGCAGAAAUGGGCCAAGGAUCCUUUGAAUGUUCUGUUGUUCAGGAAGCAUUUGUUCACUCAUUUUGUCACAAUCACAAUAAGGCCAUUGAGUGUGCACUUACAGCUACAAAGCAGCAACCUGAGUCUUCCAUGUUUGUUCUUCUUGGAAAAAUCCAAAUGAAAGCCAAAAAGUACAAGGAUGCUGUGGCUAGUUUUAAACAGGCAUUGAGACUGCUUGUGGGCACUGAAAAAGCUGUGCCAUGUACAUUUGAUGCUGCAGAAAUGUACUAUUUUAUGGGCCGAUGCUACAUGGAACAGGUUUCUAUAAUAGAGGCUUGUGAUGCUUUUUCCACUGCUGUCAAGCUGUAUCCUCGUUACGCUGAUGCAUUUUAUGAACGAGGACUAUGCAGAAUGCAACUUCAGCAAGAAAAAUGCAUAUUAGAUUUCAACAAAGUGCUUGCUAUUUCACCACAACAUUUUCAGGCAUAUUUAAGUCGUGCUGCUUUCUUUGGAAGUAAGGGGAGAUACUCUAAAGCAAUAAUGAACUGUACUGAGGCGAUCAAAAUUCAUCCUUUAAGUGUGAGAGCCCAUCUUUAUAGAGGAGCACUGAAAAUUUACAGUAAGACUUACAAAAAUGCCAUUGAAGAUUUAAAUAAAACAAUCGAACUGGACAAUAUUUGCACUUUGGCAUAUUAUAACAGGGGAGUCUGUUACCAUCAGAUGAAGGACUACAAAAAUGCUUUGAAAGAUUAUAGUAUUACUCUUCUUCUUGAGCCAAAAAAAGACAUUGUCUUGAAAGUGUUGGUUAACCGGGCACUAAUCUAUGCUGAACUGGAUCAGUAUGCUAAUUCAUUGGAGGACUUUACAGAGGCAGCACUGAGUACACCAAAAGACAGUCAGCUGUUCCAAGCUGUUGGAAUUUGCUAUCACAGGCUUCAAAAGUAUGAAGAAGCUGUGAAGUCAUUUUCAACAGUGCUUAAAUUAAAUCCUUUUUCUCUGGAUGGCUAUAUCGGACGAGGGAAUUCAUACAUGGAAUAUGGGCAUCUGGCUGGUUCAAAACAGGCCCAGAAAGAUUUCUUGAAAGCAAUACACUUGAAUCCCUUAUGCAUAAAGGCCAGACUUUGCUUAGGAUACAACUUACAGGGCCUUGGAAAGUUUCAAAAAGCUUGGCUCCAGUUUUCAGCAGUGAUCCACAUUGAUCCAGGAUGUCACAUUGCUUAUGAUGGGCGUGCUAUAGUUUGUCUUCAGAUGGGCAAUACAUUUGCUGCCUUUCAAGAUAUAAAUGCUGCAUUAAAGAUUACUACCAGUGCAGAAAUCCUUACAAAUCGAGGUGUCAUUAAUCAGUUUAUGGGAUUUGUAAGCUGUGCCAUGAAAGACUAUCAGCAGGCAAUUGCUAUUGAUCCUGACUAUGCUUUAGCAUAUUUCAAUGCAGCAAAUGUUUACUUUCUUAACAGGCAAUUUUCACAGGCAAGAGACUAUUAUUCCAAGGCACUAACACUUGAUGCAAAAAAUGAAUCUGCAUUCUUGAAUCGAGCUAUUACAAAUACAUUACUGAAAAACUUUGAGGAAGCAAAAGCAGAUUUUGAGAAGGCAAUUUGUCUCAGCCCUUUCUCUGCAGCUAUAUAUUAUAACAAGGCAAACCUCUACAGUACAUUAAAGCAAUAUGAGCAAGCUGAGGAGGACAUUUCAAAAGCUCUUGCAAUUCAGCCUUAUGAUCCCCUGAUGUAUAAAUGUAGAGCUGAUAUUCGUGGCAAACUGGGAUUCAUUAAAGAAGCUAUUGCUGAUUAUAAGAAGGCUAUCAAUAUCCAAGAAUUUAUCUUCACAGGGUGAGAAAUUUUCAGUACACAACAAUGUGAUAGCAUAUGUUACACUGAUUUUUCGAGUUCCAGUUUUUUCCUGCUGCCUGUAUUGUUGUCACUAAUGUAUUAAAUUUGCAGCCAUAAUUUACCUUUAUUUGUAAUUCAGCUUUUGUAUAUAUUUUUAUUUGCAUAACUAAAAAAAGAGAAAAUUUAGGUGAAAAAACUAACAAUGUACAACUCAAGCAUUUUUAUAUGUUUCAGAAAAAUUUGUACUUUUGUUCUUAGAACUGUUUACUGACAUUCUUUGGAUCUGAAUUUUGUAUUCAUGUUCAUAAAUGUUGUUCAUGGUAUAAUAGAUAUUAAAACUACUGGGUGUUAGAAUUCA